UGGAAUCCCCCCGGGCUCCGCGCCUUCCAUAUACGACACCCACACAUAUACAUAAACGACAAAUCGUAUCGAAAAUACGAGACGACGACGACGUCAACGACGAGAUCCCACGACGAUCUGCCUAUCGUUUCACCUGUGGCACGGCUGCUAAGGACCCAAUAAUGGCGACCACAACACAGCUAACCAGACUCAGAACGCUGAAAAAAGUGGAAAAACCAAGGCCUCCGAAGCUGAGCCAGCGCCACUCGACCAACGAUGGGUGGAUAAAGACCAUGGACGAAUUAGUGUCCCUGAUCGACAAUGUUACCGUCCACCUGACCAACGGCUUCCACGAUCAGUCGCUGCAGAUGAACAUAAUCACAAUGUGUAACACUCUCAAAUCUCAUGCACCACAAGUAGAAGCAAUUUACAAAGGUCAGCUGGACAGAGCAUUUGUAGCGAUGAGAAAUGGAAGCCAGGAUGAGAGACUUGAUCUGACGACCAGAGUACACUUGCUGGAACUAAUUGAACUCAGAGCUAAGCAAUGGCGUCACAAUGACUCGAUGGAUAAUUAUUACACCCAGAAAUUGUCCACAAUCGAUACCCAAGCUGAUGCAUUGAUCAUGGAAUCUCCGACGACACUGUUGUCGUCUCCUCCCCUGGGAUCGUCGUCUCCCCAAACAGCGCCGCUACUCGGAAUCGGUGAAGUAAUAAAGAACAGCGGAAAAUUUGCAAAACCAACGAGAAUUCCCGGCAAGAAUUAUUGCAAGGACGAAGUUGUAAUCCGUAACAGUGAUUCGGGGAAAGUGAUGGGAAUAAAGGGGAGACGGGUUCACAUGAUCGAAGAGCUCAGCGAGACGAUCAUCUCCUUCCAGCGAGUGAACCCUGGAGCCAAAGAACGACUUGUCCAAAUAACGGGAACUUCCGAGGACAAGAUACAUUACGCGAAGGAUUUAAUUAAAGAUACGAUACAACGAAACGCAUCCCCGGUGCGAUUAGAGCAAGGUGGAGGAGACAAGAGCGGUAUCGGUGGUUCUAGCUCUUCGUUGAACAGCAGUGCAUCCGACGAGAGCAACCGUCUCCUACAGCGCACUUCUCGUACACGCUCGACUCUUCUUCACAGUUUAUCCACCAACGACGCCAGUAUUGGCGAAUACAAGUACACGGUGACUGUUGGUAAUCAGUCCAUCAAAGUCAUCGGGUGCAAUUUGGAUCUUGUCAUGACAGCCAAAUUGGUCCUCGACGGUUAUUUUUCGAGCGAUCCCGAGCCACUUAAUUCCGGUGUGGAUUACUUCAGUUUUGAGGAAGAAACUGGGUUCGCUCCAUCAACGGAUUCUGUAUUGAGUACUCCGAUAACGCCGCUGACACCGAUCACUCCGUUGACUCCGAUUACUCCGUUAACUGGACUGACACCGUCAAAUGUUCUCGGUCGUGAGCUGAGUCAGGAGAGCAAUGCGACAUCCGAGAGCGAGGAAACAUUUAAACCACUUGGAAUUCCCGGAUCUGAAAAUAAUCCGAAGAAGGAAAUCAUAAAACUCACGUACGAGUUCCUGCACCUUUGUUCCAAGGGCCCUUACGCGAAGCGAGCUCCAGCGGACUGGGAGCGCAUCCAAAAAAUGUGUCCAAACAUCGUCCGCAAGGUAGAUAAUCGUACCAACACGGCAAAUAAUUGUAUUAACGCCGGCACGUUUAACAAUCAUUUUAACCGUAACACAUUAAUCGAUUACGAUGUUUCUAACAACCGAGGAUUCAAAGAUCGUGAAACUAUGCCAAAGAUAGCUUAUCGUUAUUCGUACUGAGUUCUAUCGAGCGGAGCUGCAUCGACCAUCGAGAUUUUCUUAAUCUCGCGUUUUCGAAGAAAACGUCUCACAGUUUUCGUUCACAUCUCAUUUAAACGUGAAAAACAUUCGAUAUGAGCUCGAUAAAUCUUAUAGUAUUACAAACAAAUAUUUGGUAUUUUGAUAGUACCAAAUUUUCGUGAUUUCCACCAAAAGUUAGCGAGAAAACAAACAAACAUAAAAAGGAGAUAAAGAUAACAAUGUAUAGAAAUUUAUUAUAUGAUUUCACCCUCGUGUGAAACGGUAUCAAAGAGGCUGCUGACAAAAAAGAAAUUUUAUGUUCCUAUUAUUUUUCAUUUAUUCAUUUCGAGGCAAUUGUGAGUCGAUAUAAAGAUUUUAUUUUGUUUCUUUUUUUUUAUUAUUAUUUUUUAUUUUGUGCCACUGAACGCUAAAGUAUUUAGAGACCCUUCACUAUCAAUGAUAGUUCGCUGGAAACUCUCAUUUUAACACGUUUAUUGUGUUAUUGAAUCUCAUCGAUAGUAUCAUUAUUUUAGCGUCAUAUUUAUAAACGAUCCGUUCACGGAUAUUCGUGAUUAGUCAUUAAGAAGUCAUUAAGUUUGUAAAGCAUUCCGUGCUCGUUAAUAUUGUGGUGCAAAAACAAAAAACGACAUACGAGUAUUACGCGUGGAUUCAAACGUGUUCGACCACAAUCGUUUUCGUUGACUACUUUGUGUUUUCAUUUCAUUAUUCUUUGUUAAAGUUUGUGCAAUGAUGAAUUCGCGAUCGGUUAAAUCAAAUUCUAGAGCGUAACAGCCUGCUGUAAGUCAAUUAAAAAAUCAGUAUAAUUAUAGUCAUAAUUUAUUUUUCAUUGCACAUUCGUACGAUGUUAUUUUUUCGUCAAUAAUACAAUUUGUUCAACAUUUUUGAAACGACGAGACUAUAAUAUAAAAGCGUUAUCAAUUCUCGAUAAUAUUCGACGUUUAUUUUAUUUCAUUUUAUUUUUAUUUUUUUCGUAGAUUUAAACAAAAAAAUCAAUUUUACGGCUCUAUUUUCGAUAUCAAGGUCUUAGAUAUUGUUGAAAUAGGUAUCGCAAUAUUUUGACAACGAGAGUUCAAAAAAAGGUGAAAAAGAAAUGGAGUUAUGAAAGGACUACUGAUCUGUGAAGAAAAGUUUAGACUUAAGGGAGCUUGUUACAUUUAUAAUGAUACGAAAAGUGGAUGAUUAAUAAGUGAAAAAUCGUUGAAGGCUAUUUGAACCCUUUUGGAAAGCCUUGAAGUAUUAACCGAAGAGGACGAAAAAGUGUGAACGUAACAGAGUGAUUAUAAGGGCGCUAGAAAAUCGUCGAAAGCAAUGUUUGAGACUGUUUUGUUUUUUGUGAUACAUAUGAGAAAUCGUCGCAUGAUUUGGCGUUAUGUGAGAGUGUGAAUAAUAAAGUAAUUCCGUUUUUUUCUUGAAGCUUGUGCGCUGGAGAGCAAAAAUAACAAACAAAACGGAGAGAACCGUACACAAUAUUAAUAAAAAUUAUCUGUAGACUUGAAGCGAAAGAAUCACAGCGAAGAGACUUGUUGCGCUAUACAGCUUGAACUGGAGUAAGAUUUAGAUUUGCAGUUGUUGAUUAAAAGUUACGGAAACUCGUUUAAUAGUUUUGAUUUUAAAAAGGCCGAAAUUAAGAAAAGGAUAUUUUAUAAUGAAAUACCACUCAUUAUAACAUUCAAUAAAAAUGAAUUUCUAUUCA